AUGGCGCUGAAAGCGAAGAAGGAAGCAAGCCCCUGCGCUCCCAAAGCCGAAGCCAAAGCAAAGGCUUUGGCGGCAAAGAAAGCAGUCCUGAAAGGCAUCCACAGCCACAGAAGAAAAGAAGAUCCGCGCGUCAUCCACCUUCGGAAGGCCCAAGACACUGCGGCUCCGAAGUCAGCCGUGAGGAAGAUAGACGCCAACAAUGCACGUGUGUUCGUUGUGGACGUCAGGGUCAACAAGCACCAGAUCACACAGGCUGUGAAGAAGCUCUGUGACAUUGACGUGGCCACGGUCAGCACCCUGAUCGGUCCUGAUGGGCAGAAGAAGGCAUAG